AUGAUGACCCGCAUCGCGCUCUUCCUCGUGACCCUCCUCCCCCUCGCGGCCGCCUCCGACGUCGGCAACGAGGGCUGGACAGUUCCCCCGUUCAAGUGCUUCGGCACCACCGCCGUCAACAAGUACGAGAUGACCUCGGUCCCGUCCGAUCUCUCCGGAAUCACCUGGAAUCCCUCGACCAAGACCCUCUUCGCCGUGAACAACGGCGAUCGCAUGAUCUACGAGAUCGAGUAUCCGAACAAGCUCAUACAAAAGUGGGACGUCAAGGCCCUCACCCUCGACCUCGAGGGUAUCUCUGCGCUGGGCGGCCGAAAGUUCGCCAUCACCGACGAGAACCCAGUCAAGAUCACCGAGGUUACCCUCAACACCGACGGCACCUACUCCGGCGCCACGACUCUCGUCCAAGGUAUCACCCCGAAGGCGGCGUCCAACCUCGGAUUCGAGGGCGUCACCAAGAUUGGCACCACCUACUAUGCCGUGCAGGAGGUCAGCCCCGCGAAGCUCUGGAAGCUUGAGUCGGGCGCCACCGCCUACACUGACCUCUCCGGUGACCUCGAGAAGCAUGCCACGUAUCAGCUCAAGUCCAUCGGCGGGCUGACUCGCGGCGGCGACGCCACGGACGAGCUCUUCCUGAUGGCCAAGACGUACACGGGUACCGGUCGCGACGGCAGCUCCAAGUACUACCAGAAGGGCAUCAUCCGAUACAAGAUCAGCGACGGCACGAUCCUCGAGCGCUUCGGCGGCGAGAUGUGCAACAUGGGCCAGCCCGAGGGGCUCACCUUCUGGAAGGACGAUACCAGCGGCAAGAUCAGGAUGCUCAUGGUGGGCGAGACCCACGAGGCGAGGCUCUACGAGGCCGACCCGUCGUGCACCGACGCCAUCGGAAGCAUCACGAACAACAUGGCGACCUGCGUUGAGAAGAAGGUCAGCACGGCCACCUGCGAGAAGACCAAGGCGGACGGCGGCUGCCCCUGGACCCGCUGCGACAAGGACAUCACCGACCACAACAAGAUCUGCACCGACGACACGCCAGGCGUCACCGACUGCACCGAGACUCAGUGCUUCAACCGCUGCAACAACACUCUGGUCAAGGGCAACAAGUGCACGCACUGGGCCUACGACGUAGCAGAGAAGGAAUGCUACAUCUUCGCCGGCUGCAAAAACGACAAGUUUGACGCGGACUACACCACCUAUGCAAUGGAAGACCCGACGUGCGAAAAGACCCGCGCCAAGGCCCCUCUAGGCUGCGAGAAGCGCAGGUGCGAUAAGGAUAUCUCAAAGCACAACAAGAUCUGCACCGACGACACGCCAGGCACCACCGACUGCACCCUGGACCAGUGUGAGGACAAGUGCAAGAAGCACACUGACUUCACUUGCACCACCUACGCCUAUGACGUCAAAGAGAAGGAGUGCUACCUCUUCGAGACGUGCGAGGGCGAGAAGUUCGACGAGGACUACUCCACCUAUGUGCUCCGUGACCCCACCUGCGAGGAGCCGAGGAACUCGACGGGCGGCGGCGGCUGCACCCAGCGCCGCUGCGACAAGGACGUGACCCCGCACACCAAGAUCUGCGUCGACGACUGCCCCGAGGCGCAGUGCACCAUCGACCAGUGCGAGAUUUACUGCGCGCAGACCACGUUCACGAAGGAGCACGCCGAGGCUUACUGCACCCACUGGGCGUACGACGAGGUGGACAAGGAGUGCUACCUCUUCUACGGCUGCAAGGGCGAGCAGUACGACGACGACUACACGCUGUUCACGCAGAGCUACGGCGAGCGCACAAAGCUGCAGGGCAAGCACGGCAAGACCAUCGCCAAGACCCCGACCUGCCCGGCUAAGUCCGGCGCGGCGUCCAACGUCGCGGGUGCUUUCACCUUCCUCGCCGCCGCCGCGCUCGUCGCGGUGUGA